AUGCAUAGACCAUUCAUCCGACUUGUCUUCUUGUUUCUGAUUAUUGAUCGAUUAGCAGAAGCAUUCGAUGUUCCGUGUUCCCGUAAGUGGUUUUGCAUGUAUGAAAAGUGAAAUCUAUCCGGUUACCGUGAAAGCAAUUCAGACUUUCAGAGAAUUUGAAUAAAAACUAUAGAAUUCUUUAGAAAUUUGCUGAUUUUUCAGAAAAACUGAUUGGCAGUGACUGCCUGUUCGAUGAAGAAUGUUACGGCAUGAACUCAGUGUGCCGAAAUGGCCGUUGCACGUGUCCAACUAACUUCGAGGAGUACGAUAUCGACGAACGAACAACAAUCUGCCGAUUAGGUGACAUCAUCAGUAUUUCUAGAUUCUUACAACUUCUAUGAUUCACGAACCGGAUCUGGAAUUCUUUCGUUGCAAAAAAUAACUAUAGACUUUAUUCAGCACCGGCCAAAAUCGGCGAUUCUUGUCAGCGAGACUGUAAACCGCCGUUACUGUGCAGGGAUGGAAAAUGCGAGUGUUGGGGUGGGAGCAUCGUGGAUGGAAAGUGUGUCGUUCGUGAGUAUUUUUCCACAAGUUCAAUAUAUAAGUUCUGCAAACCCAUUUUUAGCAUGUCCUGCUGGCCAACAACUGUAUGGAGUUGAGUGUACUCGGGUUGCCCACUACAUGCAACCAUGUGAGAAGGAUAGCCAGUGAGUGUUUCUCUUUUUAGCGGUUUUAGAUUCGAGUGAUCUUCCAGAUGUGUGGAUCCGUUCAACUCAUGCAUAGCCGGAACAUGCCAAUGUGCUCCGGGAACAACCAGAGACACCGUCCGCGGUUUCUGCUACGCCGGUUCGAAUCCUAUACUUCACUGAUCAUUCGUAUCACAUUUCAGUGUGUCCCGAUGGAAUGCACCCUCGUCAAACGUGCCGCCGACUCUUCAUCAACGAUCCUGAUAUGCUCGAUAACGCCGCCAACACGGAUAGCUGUCCGUUGGGCUACCGAUGCGUCACUUAUGGCAGUCCUUAUGUCGGCCAUUGUUGUCGGCUCCGCUGCCCAUAUGGAGAGCCAGAUUUAAGUCAAUCAUGUGACACCGGAGCGUCUCCUGAUUCUAAAUGCCGUCCUCUCACUCAUUUCUGCUUCACUGUCAGCGAACCGGGGUUAGCGAAGCGGCGAGAAAGGCAUUGAACUUCGAAAUUUUAUAUUUAGAUGGAAGUCUUCGUUGUGUUGCCCACGUCCUUGCAGAGAUCCAACCCCACUUUACGUCAACGGACAGUGCCUAUCAAUUGCCCACAGAGGGGAUCCAUGCCAAAUUGAUCAGCAGGUAGGCGCGAAUCAAUGUAUCAAAUGGGAGGGAACACCGUCGAACUGUAUAAUUUCUUUUUUCAGUGCGAUGGUGGAAUCACAAUGUCAUGCAGCCUGGGAACGUGCCAGUGCAAAUUGGGAUAUCAUGAGGUGAAACUGACGAUUCGGAAACGGAAAUUCAGUUAUCUAAUUCCAGAAUAAUGACGACAGAUUCCCGACCUGCACGAAGGAUUGUACUCUUGAAGAAGUGGCGAGCAAUGACAGAUGCUUAGCUAAGGUCAGUACAUGAAACCGUACUUCUGGAUGGAUCACCUUCAACUAAUAUUCAGGUCCAACUUGGAAACCGCUGCUUCACGGAUAAACAGUGCACUCAAUCCGCCGUUUGCCGUUUCGGAACUUGCCAGUGCCGUUGUGGAUUCAAAAAAGUCAAGGUAUAAAGUCCCUCGGCUAUUUUUAUUUCCAUUUUUCCCCCGGGAGGACGGUGAGUCAAUUCAAUCAUUUCGAAUGUUUAUAUUAAAACGUUUUUGUUGCUGACGCAUCGUCUUUCCCUUCCUCCCUUGUGAAACCGGGAAAACGGUCGAGAAUAUUCCGUCGGCUUCUUCGCGAUUUUGCAAUCAUCAAUCACUUUCGACGCGUUUCGUUGCAUUUCAAUAGAAAGAGCCGACGGAAUAUGAUUGAUUCUUGCCGGCAAUAAGAUUCUGACAGGAGGAACAGAUUUGCACAUUUGGACAAGGUUCAUGAAUGUUAGAUGAGAAUUGAAAAACGUGAUCCCCCUACACACUCUACGGAAUAAAUCAGACUAGUCACGGGAAAUUCCGGUUCAAUGAUCAAAUUUUCCCCGGACCAGUUCUUUCACAUUUCUGGAAAAUAAACUAAACAUUUUGAAAAUUUCCAAUGUUUUGUCAUGGUUAGGGCCGACCAACUCUCUCAAUCGUCUAGGUCCCGGAUCUGAGAACUGAAAAACGGAGAUCGUCCCAGAAAAACAACUGCAGAAAACCUCUUAGUACCGAUAAAAGCUGAAACUAGCUCUUCAAAAUUUACUCUCAUACCGAUUCGUAGGGACAUGGGCAUGUUUAGGAUCAGCGGAUUCCCUUUUUAACCAAAUCAAACCAAAUGGCAAAAAAUCGCUCGAAAGAAUGGAAAUAUCGGUAAAAUUCCCCAUUUCGGACUCGGUCCUAAAAACCGUCGGUAGGAACUAUUCCUUUUCUGACUUUAAAUGAGAUCUCUAACCCCUUCCCCCCUUUAAGAACUUGUUCAAAAAAGUACCAAAUGAGACUCCUGACAAGAUCUGCAUCAAGUCCGGAGAUAUCAAGUCUUACAGGAUCAACUGCUCGGAGUCAGAUGCUCGAAUCCCGAUGAUCCUCUCAGCUUAUCCACGAUUCUUGAUGGCGUCGGUCAAUUCUUCGGAAAUCGUCGCGGCAACUAA